CCAGAAGUUAAAAGAGAAGAAAUUAUUGGCAAAGAAGAUCAAAGUUGAGCAGAAACAAAAAGAAGUGAUGCCUCCAAAACACAAAUGUGAUGCAAGUGCUGGUGGUAUGGUAAAGAAAAGAAAAACCAUCACCAUGGAAAAAAAAGUAGAAAUAAUAAAGAGAUCAGAGAGAGGUGAAACUCCGUCAUCCAUUGGCAGAGCAUUUGCUUACAGUCGGUCAACAAUUGCAACAAUUUUAAAAGAUAAAGGUAGAAUAAUGGAGCAUGUGAAAGGCCAUACCCCAAUGAAUGCUACGAUUAUUACCAAGCAACGCAGUGGUUUAAUUAUUGAAAUGGAAAGGCUGUUGAUAAUUUGGAUACAAGACCAAAAUCAGCGUAAUAUGCCUGUCAGUCUUCCUUUAGUGCAAGAAAAGGCUCGAAGCCUUUUCAAUGAUUUAAAAGCUGCUCGCACAGCAAGUGAAGGUGAUUGCAAGGAAGAAUUUGUUGCAAGUAGGGGUUGGUUUAAUCGCUUUAAAGAAAGGGCAAAUUUGCGUAAUAUUAAAGCUCGAGGUGGAGCAGCAAGCACCAACGUACAUGCUGCAAGUGAUUUUCCCAAGACGUGGGAAGACAGGAUUGACAAGGGAGGUUAUUUGCCAGACCAAAUUUUUAAUGUAGAUGAAACUGGCUCAUUUUGGAAAAAAAUGCCUGAGAAGACCUACAUUUUGAAAGAGGAAGGAAGUACAUCGGGACAUAAGGCAUCAGAGGAUAGUCUGACUUCGUUACUUGGGGGUAAUGCAUUUAGGGAAGAAAACAGGGACCUAGAAACUCCAGAAUCGAAAAAGUUUUCUACAAAAGAGUUAGCUGAUGCUUUUCGUCUCAUUGAAGCAGGAAUGGCAAAGUUAGAAGAGCAAGAUCCUGAUACAGAGAGGUUUGCCAAAGUUUACUAUACAGUUUCUGAAGGCCUGAGAUGCUACAGGGCCAUUUAUGAUGAGAAAAAGAAAAGCUCUGUGCAAACCUCCAUUGAUGCCUACUUCAAGAAACUGACGCCAGCAGCAGAAUCAGACCCUCACUCUCUAAUACCAGUUCCAUCCUCUCCAACAAGUUCAUCAUCAUCUACGUCAGUCAAGAUUGUUGAAGGUUGUAUUUGAAAACAUUUUAAGUAUAUACAGAAAUGUAAAAACACUAAGUUAAGACAAACAUCUAGGUUGCAUUUAAGAGGUAAAUGUAACCCAGGGGCCACCUGUAUUCUAAAUUCUUUUGCAUGGGACACUUCUUUUCUCCAUUUAUUUAUAGGCAGGCCCCCAGUUACAAUGAAACAGGUUCUGUAGGUUUGUUAUGAAAUUAAAUUUGUAUGUAAAUUGGAACAGGUACAUUUAUCUUUCACCUGUAGUAGCCUCCGUUCAUAAGUGUAAGUUAAGCUGGAUGCUUGUAACUCGGGGACUGUAAUUUCUUUAUAUCAGUAUGGACUCAUGGAUAUUUACUUUAUACUUUAGGUUAUCAUCCAGUGCUAAUCUAUCUUGUUGCUGAAAUGAUUCCAGUUUUGGCAUCCAUUCGGAGCUCUUUGACUUGGCUCCUGUGUCCCUUUGACAAAGUCCAUCAUUAUUUUUUUUUUCUUCUCUUUUUUAACAGUUCCUUACUAUCUAGCACCACAAGAUAUUCCAGACUCAUACUGUAUAUUUCCUGUCCCAGGCCUAAAAUCAACUAUUUGUCUAAGAAGUCCUGGUUCCUUUUAUUGGGAGAGUGGUAUUAGAAACAAAGAUCUUGGGAUUAGGUGUCCUCUCAGCACUCAAGUCACGUUUGACU